GCCAUCGACACCAAGCAUGGCAUUCCUUACACUAGAAGACAUGAAGAUUGUCGUGUCGCUUGUCUGCUGCUGCCUCGGCGUCGGUAGUCUCGGCCUCGCCGGCAACUACGCCCGCGCCGGCUAUUUCGCGGCCACAAUCGCCUUCAUCUUGAUGGCGAUCAUCAACACGUACGCGACGUGGUGUCUCUGCAAGGUGCUCGUCGUCGCGCCCAAGUCCAUUCUGACGCUCGGCGACCUUGGCGACUGGUGCUUUGGCCGCGUUGGCAAGUAUUUUUCGCUGAUUUUCCAGUGCCUUCUCUGCGCCAUGUACCCGAUCGUGUACCUCGUGCUCGGCGGUACGCUGCUCACGACGCUCUUUCCCAUGUCGUUUUCCCAAACGACGUGGCUGAUCCUCAUGGCCAUCACGCUUCUUCCAGUCUGCCUCGUGCCAACGAUGAAGGAAGGCGCGGGCAUGGCCCUCGCCGGCGGCCUCGCGACCGUCCUCGCCGAUGGUAUUGCGCUCGCGCUCCUCAUCACCAACAUGGAGGACGUCAACCCGACUGGCAUUUCGCCGCCGUCGCCGGACAUUAAUUUUACGAGCGUCACGACCGUUUUUGGCAACCUCGCCUUUGCGUAUGGCGCGUGCAUGAUCAUCCCGUCGCUGACGCACGAGCACACGCGGCCAGAGCGCAUGCCGCGCAUCUCGCUUGUCGCGCAGGGCAUCAUCACCUUCUUCUUCUUUACUGUGGCGCUUCUCGGCGUCUUUUCGGCCGGCUGCCAAACACCCAACAACCUGUUGUUUGCGAUAUCGGGCUCGAAGCUCGGCUUCUCGGCCUCGCGCGGCUAUGUCGUGCUCGCGUUCCUCUUCAUGCAGUUUCACAUUACGAUCGCAUUCGCCGUCAUCUUCUUCCCGGUCUUCCAGAUCCUCGAGCGCCUCGUGCUCGGGUUGCACAAGGACCGUGACAUGGUGCUCGAGAAGGAAGUGCAGACGCCGGCGCUCGACGACGACGUGGAGAGCGCGACCUUUGGUGCGGUCGUCGACGCCGGUCCGCGCGAAGAAGUCAACGCGUACAAGGCCCCCGGGUCGUACUUUAAGGCUUCGCUCGUGCGCACGGCGCUCAUUGCCGUCUGUGUCGUCAUUGCCGUCAUCUGGAAGGACCAUCUGAACGCGCUCGUCGACUUUGUCGGAGCGUCGGCGUCGGCGCUCGUCAACAUGAUCCUCCCGAUGCUCUUUUACCUGAAGACCUUCUGGCCGUCGAUCAAGUGGCCGGAAAAGAUCUUUGCGUUCGUGUGCAUCCUCAUCGCUGUCUUCCUCGGCGUGUACGUCUCGAUUCAAACGGGCAAGGACUUGUUCGCGCCCGAGACGGCGGACCCGAAGAUCCUCUUCCCGCUCUGCCCGGCCGAGUUCCAACAAGUCGUCUUCACCAACACGACCUACUACCACUACUAGUGUGCAACCCCAAUGUCAAGUCUUCUGUGCAAUAUAUCACGGCUGUUGUUGUCUCCAUGGCUUUGUUUUGUUUGCGUGCUGCCACGUCAUCAAGUCAACCGCCGGUUCUAUUGAAUUACACAGUUUUACGCAGAGGUAAAAGAGGUUAUUGAGUCUCUGAAAAGACAUAAGUGCAAAAUGACGGUCGUGGUGCAAACAUG